ACCCCCAAUUCCACACACCAUUUAAAACCCUCAUCCAACCUUCCUUCUUCAAAAGACAAUCUUUUAUUCUCUCUUCAAAAAUUUCAAACAAUCUCUGAACAAUGUCCCCUUAAUCCUAACCCUAGAGAGAGAGAGAAAGAGAUACUGUAAAAGAAGAAAAUGAGGUAUAUCAGAACAGGAAGUUUCAAGAGGCUCUUCUCUAUGAAGCGUCAUAGCUUGGAAGAUUUGCCAAAAGAAUGCAUUUUUAUGAAACAAGAUUCAUUCAACAAUGGUGAAACAGAGUCUUUCAAGAAACCCACCUGGAAAUGCUUCUCUUUUGAAGAGAUUUAUGUUGCCACAAAUGGUUUUUCCUCAGAAAACAUGGUUGGGAAAGGUGGGUAUGCAGAGGUUUACAAAGGAGUGUUAGAAGAUGGGCAAACGAUUGCUGUGAAAAGAUUAACACAAACAUCAUGUGACGAAAGGAAAGAGAAAGAGUUCUUGACAGAAAUAGGAACACUUGGUCAUGUAAAUCAUCCAAAUGUUUCAUCACUCUUGGGUUGUUGUAUUGAUAGUGGUCUUUAUCUCAUCUUUCAAUUCUCAUCCAAAGGUUCUGUGGCUUCUCUUCUUCAUGAUGAGAAUUUACCGGUUAUGGAUUGGAACACGAGGUACAAGAUUGCCAUUGGGUCCGCUAAGGGGCUACAUUACUUGCACAAAGUAUGUCCAAGAAGAAUUAUUCAUCGCGACAUUAAAGCUUCAAAUGUUUUGGUGACAAAAGAUUUUGAACCACAAAUAUCGGAUUUUGGGCUUGCAAAAUGGCUACCUUCGCAAUGGACACACCACUCGAUUGCUCCAAUCGAAGGAACAUUUGGACAUUUGGCUCCCGAGUAUUUUAUGCAUGGUGUUGUGGAUGAAAAAACCGAUGUUUUUGCUUUUGGUGUUUUUUUACUUGAAAUUUUAUCGGGCAAGAAAUCUGUCGAUGGGUCCCACCAAAGCUUGCAUGGUUGGGCAAGACCAAUAUUAAACCAAGGUGAAGUGGAAAAAAUUGUGGACUCAAGACUCGAAGGUAAAUAUGACUAUUUGCAACUUAAUAGACUUGCUUUUGCAGCAUCUCUUUGUAUUCGACCAUCCUCCACGUGGCGCCCUACGAUGAGCGAGGUACUUGAGGUAAUGUUUGAAGAAGAAAUCGAUAAAAAUAGAUGGAAAAUGCCUGAUGAAGAAAAGGAAGAACACGAUGAGUUUUGGGGUUUCGAGGAUUUGGAGUUUGAAUCUUGUGACAGUAGCAGAGAAAGUACUUUCUCGGCUUCUCUCCAAGAUUCAAUCUCAACAAAGAGCAGUUAAUAAGUCAUGUGUAUAAAUACUUUAUCUUACGUCAAUAAUAAUACAGUUUUUAAGUCAUAUAUAUGAUCAAGUAGUUAAUUUGACUCCUAAUAGUGUUAUUUUGUGAGUAGGGUAUAUACACAUUGGAACCACAACAUACCUUAUUAUGUAAAUGAC